AUGGCACCAAGAGGGCAGUCAAGUACCCGCGCCCGCGGUAGCGCAAGAGGAGGUGCAAAUGCAGCGCGACCAUCUGCAAGCGAUGCGACUCCGCAAACCACUGCAACAGACCAGACUGCAGAACAAGUUGAAAGCGACUCAAAGCCAGCUGUCACAGGAGAGGGUAUCACAACGACUACCGAGUCGCAAGCCUCUGUUCAGGCGGGUACCUCUACAGAGACUUCCGUCCGUCCUCCCGCACAACGACUCGGUAGUCUUCAAGGCUCGGUUCCGCCUUCACGAUCAGCCUCACCGGCGGUACGCGGCCGCGGUGGCACAAGUCGAGGGAAACGGGGCGUCAAACUACCUAGCUUUACAGGACGCAGGAGUAAAGAAGAGCGAGAUGCCAUGGUGCAAGAGCAGGCAGCCCGAGAUCGCGAAAGGACCAAAGAGCAGAUAGCAGCUGAUGAGAAAAAGAGGAGAGACAUGGAGUAUGCUCGAAAACGGGAAGAUAAAAGAAAGAACUUCAGAGGUGGUUACAGUGGCGUAGCAACAGGCCCUUUCUCACUUGGAAAUAGGAAAAACAACUCCAGGCCUGGAUACUCAGGGUUCGGCUCAGGAUUCGGCUCAGGUUCGGGUUCUCGAGCAGAGCGUGUCAAGAAUGAGGAUGGUAGUUAUGGAGGUUCAGGUCACCAAUCAACGCGAGGCGGAGGCGGCUCAUCUACCAAGAGAGAGGAUGGUGGCCUUGUGUCGUCAGAGGAAGAGGAAGAGGAUACUGAAGUACACCAACCCCGCAUGAACAUCGACGAACUUAAAAUAUCCUCAGACGAUUUCGCCGGCAAAGCACCAGAGCCCACGAGCAUGGCGCAACUGCCAGUUCGCGCUGGCAGGAAGGAACAUCAGGAACGAAAGCCCGGUUACAACACAGAGGCCAGCACGGCGAAGGUACUCGAGCAGGCAGAGGGAAAAACACCAAAGCUGAAGAGCGAGUCCAAGGAAGUAAAGGUUGAAGGAGGCAGCGACGACGAAACCAUGUCUGAUGCAGGCAAAACAGGUCUGCCAGAUGCUCCAGCUCUAAAACAAGACCCAAGUGUUGAACAUAGGCCCAAGCCAAAGACCACAGAUCCAGCACAGCCUGCCUUUCAAACUGAUGACGACCGUGCAGAAUGGGAGCGUAUCCAACUGCACAGACGUCUCAUAAUCGCGGAAUUUGGCCCGACAGAGACGCCAGAAGUGGAUAGUUCAGGGGAUGCAGUCAUGGCAGGCACAGCCGAGAAGCCCACGGUACGGACUAACAACGUCUAUCUCUUCCAGAUACCACCUCUCAUGCCCGAAGUGGAAGCAUCCAUCAAGAAAGAAGCACCAGAUCCCAAACCAGAAGCAAAGAUCAAGCUCGAAGAAGGGGGUUUCUCCGAUCCGACCGCCAAGCCCACGAGCGUUCGUUUUGGAAGCGGACUAGUGGGCAAACUGCGCGUACACAAAUCGGGUCGUACCACGCUGGAUUGGGGCGGCACAAGCUUUGAGGUCACCGAUGUUCGCGCCGGCUCGGGGUCGCGCCAGGAGGUAGUUAGUAUGGAGUUUACGCCGGAGAACCAACGGUCAGCGCCCGAAGAUGCUGGGGAUGCCUACAGUCUAGGCCCGGUCAAGGGCAAGUUUGUAGUGACGCCGGAUCUUGAGACCAUGUUCAAGUAG